CAGCAGCAGCAGCAGCAGCAGCAGCAGCAGCAGCAGCAGCAGCAGCAGCAGGAGCGCGCCGGGCGCAGGGCGCAGGGCGCAGGGAGCGGGAGCGCGGCGGCCGCAGGCUGCGCCGAGAGGACGAGCGCGGGCCCGGGACCCACAGACUCGCAGCCGGCUCGCCGCCCCCACCUGCGGGCGCCCGCGCCACCUCCGCGCCGCCGCCUCUGCAUGGCACAAACUUUCCUCCCGGGGCGGAACACGCAGUCUCCGGGAGCCCGCGCCCGCUCCUUCCCGGGUGCCAGUCCUGAACGCUGCCGAAAUGGGUUGUGGAUUGAAUAAAUUAGAAAAACGCGAUGAUAAGCGACCUGGAAAUAUCUAUUCGACUUUGAAGAGGCCUCAGGUGGAGACCAAAACAGAUGUGUCCUAUGAAUACCGCUUCCUGGAAUUCACUACCCUGAGUGCUGCGGAGCUCCCGCGGUCCUCGGCGGUGAGGCUGGCCUCUCUGCAUGACCUGCCAGCCCAGCUCCUGGAGCUGUACCAGCAGGGCUUCUCGCUGGUGACCCUGCACCCCUUCGUGCAGCCGACCCAGGAGAGGGAGAAGACGCCCCUGGAGCACAUCUUCAGGGUCAUCCUGAUCAAGAAAACAGACAGAUCUCAGAAAAAUGAACUUCAGAGUGAAGGCUAUGUCUUGGAAUUAGACAGCUGUUCUUCCUUGGAUCACCUGACUGACCAAAAACUCAUCCCCGAGUUUGUUAAGAAGGUCCAGGAGGCUGCGAGUCAGGGCCUAAAGUUCGUUGGUGUCAUACCACAGCACCACUGCCCUGGGAAGAGCCGCCACUCUGCUCCUGCUCCCAACAGCACCCAGGCUGCCAGAGACCAGAGAACCGACCCGGGCAGACAUGAGAGUUCAGCAGGGGCGGAUGGAAACCCAGAACCAGACAGGAACUCCAGAGGGGAGUCAUCCAGCACCCAGCAGCCCCACCUGCCCCCGGGCCAGGGUGAUGAGACAGAUGAUUCACAGUGUGGAGUGAACAAGCCUCUGGAUGCAGGAGACGGAGACCCAUCAGAAGGGCUGGAGGAGCCUGUCUCAGGAAAAAUGGAGAUCUUGGCCCUUUUCAACAAACCGAAGAGUCACCAGAAGUGCCACCAUUACUACCCUGUCACCAUUCCUCUCCGCAUCUCCAAGAACGGCCAGACGGUGAGCAGUUUGGAUGCCAACUGGCUGGAACACAUGAGCGACCAUUUCAGAAAGGGAGGGGUGUUGGUGAAUGCCGUCUUCUACCUUGGAAUAGUCAACGAUUCCUUACAUGGCUUGACAGAUGGAGUAUUCAUCUUUGAAGCUGUUUCCACAGAAGAUAGCAAAACCAUGCCGGGCUAUGAUGCUAUUGUCGUUGAACAAUGGACUGUCCUGCAAGGCGUGGAGGUGCAAACAGACUACGUCCCUCUACUCAACUCGCUGGCGGCCUACGGCUGGCAACUCACCUGCGUGCUGCCCACUCCGGUCAUCAAGACCACCAGGGAGGGCAAUGUAUCCACCAAGCAGAUUGUCUUUCUUCAGAGACCCUGCCUACCUCAGAAGAUGAAGAAAAAGGACUCAAAGUUCCAGUGGAGAUUCUCCCGAGAAGACGCGCACAGCCGACAGAUGCGGAAAUCCAAAGGGAAACUGGGCCGCCGAGACAAACACCAGGCAGGAGAGAAUGAGAAGAACCUAGAAGACCCAUUUUCCAAGGGCGGGGAUGUGGGGAACUGUGUGGAUGGAGCCUUGGAGAUGCGGGGCCAAGACGGAGAGGCCCCUGAGGAGAAGCCGGGUAUGGGGGUCCAGGCUGUGCACAAUGGCCCGGUGGGCUGUGCCGGACGCUUGGGUCCUGACCCAGGAGAGGAAGGCAGGGAAGGCUGCAUGGAGGACGUGGCUGAACAGCCCAUUGAAGCAGAGGACCACUGAGUUUGGGGGCUGACGGCCCUGAAUCCUGGCAGGCAGGAGGGUGCUGGCAGCCAGAUGGGGCUGGGCUGCCCUGGUGUCUGUGCUCCCCUUUGGCUUGGCUUGACCUUUCACCCGCACCCUUAAAGGGCCAGGUCCCUGGCUGCCGUUUCUGCUCCUCCAUUUGCCCCCAUGUCAGAGUCCAAAAGGCCUGCAGGCACCUUCUGGGCCUCAGGGCAGGAGAUGCAGCCCAGAGGGAAGGGGGGGGCUGUAGCCCCCAGUGCUGGUGUCUGGCCCUCAGGGCCUGCAGGGAGCAAAUCCCCAGGGCCUCCUUGGUUGCAAAGCAAGACCACUGCUGUCCACUCCCAGGCAGCCCACACCCCUUGCUGCUUGAGCAGGACCUGGGGGGACACCCCCCCUCCUGAGUCUUCUCAACUGCCCUUCUGCUUUGGAACCUCUCAGCCCUGCUGCUUGGGUGGAGGAAGCGAGUGGGGGUCUGGAGGUCCCCUCCUGGCCUUUCUCCCAGCGCUCCCCUAGACGCCGGAGACCUGAAAGUGACAAGGUAGUUAGUUCUGUGUGCUCACCUGCCCUUGCAGAAUGUCCGAGAAAGUGUUAUUAGUCUUCAUGCCAAAAAAAAAAAGUUUUCAGAUGUUUUGUGUUGUAGCCACAAAAGUUCUUUCUGCCAUUUCAGGGUGGCCCUACUUGUGGGGGCCCAUGUCGUGUGCCCUCCGCACCCCACUGGCCCCGUUGUCCCUGUGUCUGCUCUCGUGUGUUUAUACUGUCAGAAAGUGUCGUUAAGGCUUUAAGUAGAUGGUGGUGGCAAACCCUGGAGGGAGAGAGUCGAUGGUCUUGAUGGAAACAGCAACCUGUCUCUUUCUCGCUUAGUUACUUAAAGCAAUAAAUCACCUGUGAGUUUA